CAAGAACCGGCCGAUACUUUAUGAAGUGAAGUGUCCAGUUGUUUGCAGUCUAUGAAUUUUUGCUUUCGUUGUCUUUUUUAUUCUUGCUGGAUCUAGUUUUUGUUUGUUUAUUAUUUUGUUAUAAUUUUCGGUAAAAUUAUGAAUUUUGACAUAGAUUAAAGCAAACAGUUCUGUUAGUGGAGUGUUCACGGAUUUGCAGUUGUAUUUCCUGAUCUUUUGAAUGACAUGAAUUUUAUCUUGGGGUAGUCAUAUCACUCUGUUGAUGAAUUUGAGGUUGUCACAUUACAUUACCGAUGGAGAAUUUAAGAAGGCAUUCUCACCAUUUGGUGACAUCAAGGAAGUUAGGCUUAUUAGGGAUGGUACAACAAAGAGGCCUAAGGGAUAUGGUUUCAUUGCAUAUGCUUCUCAAGCUGAAGCAAUGAGAGCAGUGGAGGCCAUGGAUGGACGGAUAUUUGGUGGAAGACUGAUUUUUGUGGAGCUCGCCAAGCCUAACCAACCAUCGUCCAAGUCAUAAUUCAUCCUUGGAUUAUCCUUUCGUUUCUUAAAACACUGCUCGAUAUAAAUUUAUCCAAGCAGUUAUCCAGGUUUAGAGGUGUUGAUGGUGUUUUCUAGACAAUUUCUGGCUUGGUCCUUUGUUUGUUGUUCUUGAUAGAACUUUAUUAUGUUAUCAUUGCUUAAUAGAACUUCAUCUAUAAACAAACAAACAAGUCGCUUUCAAACUAAAUCCACCAUCAUAUACAUAU